AAACCGCGCUAAGAUUUCUCAGUUCUAACAAUCUUCCCUCUUCAAAUUUCAUUUGUUCAUUUUUCUGAAAAUUUCAACUAAAUCUCAUCACAAUGGACGCAGGCAAACAGACAAAGAAAGGAGCAGGAGGUAGGAAAGGAGGAGGACCAAGGAAGAAGUCCGUCACCAGAUCGGUCAGAGCUGGACUCCAAUUUCCCGUCGGAAGAAUCGGCCGAUUCUUGAAGAAAGGUAGAUAUGCUCAGCGUGUUGGUACCGGUGCUCCUGUCUACUUGGCUGCUGUUCUUGAAUAUCUCGCUGCUGAGGUUCUUGAGUUGGCUGGAAAUGCAGCACGUGACAACAAGAAGAAAAGUAUCAGUCCAAGGCAUUUGUUGUUAGCUGUGAGGAAUGAUGAAGAGCUUGGAAAAUUGCUUGCUGGUGUUACCAUUGCUCGUGGUGGUGUUCUACCUAACAUCAACCCAGUGCUUUUGCCAAAGAGGAAGGAAAAUGCUGCUGCCAGUACUCCUAAGUCUCCAUCAAAGGCCAAGAAGUCUCCCAAGAAGGCUUAGUUAGAAAUCUUUAGAUAUUAGGUUUUGUUUAUUCCUUUUUUUUAUUUGUGUGUUGAUAUCUAAGUUUAGCAUCCAUUGUAUAAGAAAUAUUACAUGAAGCCAAGCGAUGUAAUUCGAAUGCCUCUGUAACACAUAGUUUGAUUCAAUAUUGUAAACAUUUUGUUUCCUAUUA